AUGGCAGCGAGAUGUCUAUAUCCUUGCAGCAGUCUGUUGGUUUUUCGCUCCAACAAAAAUAAUAUUAGCCAGCCUAAAGAAAAACGUCAUGUCACGCCCCAAUUCUACAGGGACGAUGGCGCUCGCAAGUACGUUCGAAGCGCACGGAUCAAGCGCUGCCGAUCGGGCGCUCGACUCACAUGUACGUUCCACGCACCCGCUUCCGCCCGUCGCAUUCCCUUCCGCGCGCCUGCACUCCCUUCCACACGUCGCACUCUCUUACGCCCAUCAAACUCCCUCCCGCCGUCGCCCUACUGCCCGUCGCUCUCCCUAGCGCACGUCGCACUCACUUCCGCCGACGCCCUCCCUUCCGCCCGUCACCUUCCCUUCCGCCCGUCGCACUCACUUCCGCCGUCGCCAUCCCUUCCGCCCGUCGCCCGUCACCUUCCCUUCCGCCCGUCGCCCUCCCUUCCGCCCGUCGCCCUCCCUUCCGCCGUCGCCAUAGAUUCCGCCCGUCGCCCGUCGCCAUGCCUUCCGCCCGUCGCCCUCCCUUCCGCCCGUCGCCCUCCCUUCCGCCCGUCGCCCUCCCUUCCGCCGUCGCCAUCCCUUCCGCCCGUCAUCCUCCCUUCGUCUCGUCGCCCUCCCUUCCUCCCAUUGCCCUCCCGACCACCCGCCGCCCUACCUUCCCCUCGUCGCGCUCCCUUCCGCCCGUUGCCCCCCUUUGUCUCGUCUAGGGUCCCCGCUGCUCAUCGCCCUCCCUCCCGCUCGACCCCUCGCAAUCCCCGUAUCUCUCUCCCCUCGUCGCCCUGGCACCUCCGUCACUGUCGCCAUCCCUCCCAUCUCCCUUCCCACCUCAUUUGGGCCAGUCACGCCCCCUUUCCAACCAACACACACGGUGGCCCUUCCCCUAAUGAUCGCCUUUCACCACCACACCGCUUACCUCUCUCCUUCCCCACACCACCUUUGGCCUUCCUCCCCCAAUCCCCUUCCCUGAUUCCCUGUGUCCCUUUCCCUGCUUCCCCCCAUCUCCUUCCCUUCUUCCUCCCACCCCCUUCCCUUAUAUUCCCCCCAUCCCCGUCCCUGCUUCCCCAUGUCCCCUUCCCUGCUUCCCCGUGUUCCCUUCCUUGCUUUCCCAUGUCCCCUUCCCUUCCUCCCCCCAUCCCCUUCCCUGCUUCCCCGUGUCCCUUUCCCUGCUUCCCCCCAUCCCCUUCCCUGCUUCCCCGUGUCCCUUUCCCUGCUUCCCCCCAUCCCCUUCCCUUCUUUCCCCCAUCCCCUUCCCUUAUGUUCCCCCAUCCCCUUCCCUGCUUCCCCAUGUCCCCUUCCCUGCUUCCCCAUGUCCCCUCCCCUGCUUCCCCCCAUCCCCUUCCCUGCUUCCCCCCAUCCCCUUCCCUGCUUCCCCCCAUCCCCUUCCCUGCUUCCCCGUGUCCCUUUCCCUGCUUCCCUCCAUCUCCUUCCCUUCUUCCUCCCAUCCCCUUCCCUUUUAUUCCCCCCAUCCCCGUCUGCUUCCCCCUGUCCCCUUCCCUGCUUCCCCGUGUCCCUUUCCCUGCUUCCCCCCAUCCCCUUCCCUGCUUCCCCUCAUCCCCUUCCUGCUUCCCCGUGUCCCUUUCCCUGCUUCCCCCCAUCCCCUUCCCUUCUUCCCCCCAUCCCCUUCCCUCAUGUUCCCCCAUCCCCUUCCCUGCUUCCCCAUGUCCCCUUCCCUGCUUCCCCAUGUCCCCUUCCCUGCUUCCCCCCAUCCCCUUCCCUGCUUCCCCCCAUCCCCUUCCCUGCUUCCCCCCAUCCCCUUCCCUGCUUCCCCGCGUCCCUUUCCCUGCUUCCCCCCAUCUCCUUCCCUUCUUCCGCCCAUCCCCUUCCCUUAUGUUCCCCCAUCCCCUUCCCUGCUUCCCCAUGUCCCCUUCCCUGCUUCCCCAUGUCCCCUCCCCUGCUUCCCCCCAUCCCCUUCCCUGCUUCCCCCCAUCCCCUUCCCUGCUUCCCCCCAUCCCCUUCCCUGCUUCCCCGUGUCCCUUUCCCUGCUUCCCUCCAUCUCCUUCCCUUCUUCCUCCCAUCCCCUUCCCUUUUAUUCCCCCCAUCCCCGUCUGCUUCCCCAUGUCCCUUUCCCUGCUUCCCCCCAUCCCCUUCCCUGCUUCCCCGUGUCCCUUUCCCUGCUUCCCCCCAUCUCCUUCCCUUCUUCCGCCCAUCCCCUUCCCUUAUUUUCCCCCAUCCCCGUCCCUGCUUCCCCAUGUCCCCUUCCCUGCUUCCCCGUGUCCCUUUCCCUGCUUCCCCCCAUCCCCCUCCCUGCUUCCCCGUGUCCCUUUCCCUGCUUCCCCCCAUGUCCUUCCCUUCUUCCCCGUGUCCCUUUCCCUUCCUCCCCCCAUCCCCUUCCCUGCUUUCCCAUGUGUCUUCCCUUCCUCCCCCCAUCCCCUUCCCUGCUUCCCCAUUUCCCCUUCCCUGCUUCCCCAUGUCCCCUUCCCUGCUUCCCCGUGUCCCUUUCCCUGCUUCCCCCCAUCCCCUUCCCUUCCUCCCCCCAUCCCCUUCCCUGCUUCCCCAUGUCCCCUUCCCAUCCUCCCCCCAUCCCCUUCCCUGCUUCCCCCCAUCCCCUUCCCUGCUUCCCCGUGUCCCUUUCCCUGCUUCCCCCCAUCCCCUUCCCUUCCUCCCCCCAUCCCCUUCCCUGCUUCCCCGUGUCCCUUUCCCUGCUUCCCCCCAUCCCCUUCCCUGCUUCCCCAUGUCCCUUUCCCUGCUUCCCCCCAUGUCCUUCCCUUCUUCCCCGUGUCCCUUUCCCUUCCUCCCCCCAUCCCCUUCCCUGCUUUCCCAUGUGUCUUCCCUUCCUCCCCCCAUCCUCUUCCCUUCCUCCCCCCAUCCCCUUCCCUUCCUCCCCCCAUCCCCUUCCCUGCUUCCUCAUGUCCCCUUCCCAUCCUCCCCCCAUCCCCUUCCCUGCUUCCCCCCAUCCCCUUCCCUGCUUCCCCCCAUCCCCUUCCCUGCUUCCCCGUGUCCCUUUCCCUGCUUCCCCCCAUCCCCUUCCCUUCAUCCCCCCAUCCCCUUCCUUUAUGUUCCCCCAUCCCCUUCCCUGCUUCCCCAUGUCCCCUUCCCUGCUUCCCCCCAUCCCCUUCCCUGCUUCCCCCCAUCCCCUUCCCUGCUUCCCCCCAUCCCCUUCCCUGCUUCCCCGUGUCCCUUUCCCUGCUUCCCCGUGUCCCUUUCCCUGCUUCCCCCCAUCCCCUUCCCUGCUUCCCCGUGUCCCCUUCCCUGCUUCCCCCCAUCCCCUUCCCUGCUUCCCCGUGUCCCUUUCCCUGCUUCCCCCCAUCCCCUUCCCUGCUUCCCCAUGUCCCUUUCCCUGCUUCCCCCCAUCCCCUUCCCUUCUUCCCCGUGUCCCUUUCCCUUCCUCCCCCCAUCCCCUUCCCUGCUUUCCCAUGUGUCUUCCCUUCCUCCCCCCAUCCCCUUCCCUGCUUCCCCAUGUCCCCUUCCCUGCUUCCCCGUGUCCCUUUCCCUGCUUCCCCCCAUCCCCUUCCCUUCAUCCCCCCAUCCCCUUCCCUUAUGUUCCCCCAUCCCCUUCCCUGCUUCCCCAUGUCCCCUUCCCUGCUUCCCCAUGUCCCCUUCCCUGCUUCCCCAUGUCCCCUUCCCUUCCUCCCCCCAUCCCCUUCCCUGCUUCCCCAUGUCCCUUUACAAGCUUCCCCCCAUCCUCCUCCCUGCUCCCCCCCAUCCUCUUCCCUGCUUCCCUCCAUCCCCUUCCCUGCUUCCACAUGUCCCUUUCCCUGCUUCCCCGUGUCCCCUUCCGCGGCACUCACACGCACCACUUGUCUGCUCCUCAUAUUCUCCCUCAGAUUCCUCCUCACAUGUCUUGUGGAACCCUG